CACUUUACAGAAACAUAAAAUAAUUUCUAUAACAUACAAACAUUCAGCUAAUCUGUGGAGUAAUAUCAAAACAACAAAUACAAGUAAAAACUAAAAAUUCAGUAUUGAGAUAUACUCUACCAAGGGCAAGCUUAGAAUUAAAUCUGUCCAGUAUUUGUUUGAAUAUUUUAAAAGGAAAUGUACCAAUCAAAUACAAGGUAUAAAUGACACAGUAGCAGUGGAAACAAAUACAUAUACUCUCUAUGAAUAGCAGAAACACAAAAAUGAGCAAACAGGAAUCAAAAAGCUAGGAAGAACAGUGUUUGUCUUAAGUCUUGAUUUGAACAUCAAGGCAGAUGGUGCCCCUUGAACAGACCUUGGAGGAAAGUUCUGGGAAAUAGGAAUGAAAUUGAUAGAACUUUUCCUGAGAGUAACUUAGCAAGAGGUUUAAAACAGUAAGAAAGACACAAUCAAAAUUUCUCAAUUCUGUAACAGGUUUAUAUGAUGAUAGUUUCUGAGACAAGUAUUUGAAAGUGUCAGAGAAACGCCUAUAUGACAAUGGCAGGUUAGGUGAACUGGCGUUGCUAAAUUUGCCUGUGUGUAUGUGUGUUAGCUCUGCAAUGGACUGGUAUUGCCGAGUUUAGCUUCCCACUGCAUUACAACACUCUCCUGGAUAAGUGAGUUAGCUAGAUGGAUGGAAUUGGACAUGAAGCCAGUGUGUGUAAGCCAAGUAUACAUAAUGUGGUCACAGCUUUGGUUUAACUCAGGAUACAGGCAUCAUUAGGUUGACUUUUUUGUAACCUGUUGAAACCUCCAACAAUGGCAUGAUAAAAUCAUGGGAAUGUAAUCACUGAAUCACUAUCUAAUCAGUAAACACUGAAUGACUUGUUAUCUGCCCAUUAGAUGGGCUCUCAGUCAUAAAAUAAAUGUGGUUUACCAAAGGUGCAUUUCAAAGCCCAAAGUAGAUUUAUUUUAAUGCAUGCUAAACUGCAAAAAUUUUAUAAAAAUGUAAAUGUUGUAUAACACAGCAAAUCGUAGUUGUAUAAAUUAUAAAAAAAAGACACAAACAAACAAACAGGAAGACAAAUGAAUAAAAGUGUGCACAGCAUUCUGUAUUAAAAGAAAACUGGAUAGAAUAAUUAAAGAUAAGCUAGAUUUUAUGUGAAAUCCAUAUUUUUUCUAAUGGCUAAAUAUAAUUUAGCAUAAAGCAAUAUUCUCAAGCCCAAUUAAUCAAUUUAAGAUUUGCAUUGUGGUACAGUCUAUCCCAAAUUCAGCAAGGGAGGAAACAACCCUGUUCACAAGGCACCAGUCUAUCACAGGUCCAGCACUCACACAUACUCAUGCUCAGAUUCACUUGGAGCCAAUUUAGAAUUGCCAAUGAACAUGACAGGCAUGUUUUUAAACCUUGAGUCCAGGAUGAGAACCCAUGGAAACAAUUACCCGUUGUAGGAUUUGAACCCAGCAGGCAGUAGCAUUUCUUUAUAUAGUUUAUUUACACAGAUAACCAACUGUUUGAAAGGUCCUUGUUAUGUGUUUUAUGUUUUCAUAAUAGAAUAAUGCUGGUACAAAUACUUUCUUUCAGGGUUUGUAUUCAUGCAUGAUAUGGAACAAGCAUCCCUGGAUCUCAAAUUUUACCAAAGGUUUUGAUGAUUUGUGCCCCUGUGUUUAAUUAUUUUAUGUAGUUGUUGCGUAGUAAAUAUCUGCCAUGCCAACUAGUCAUGUGAUGUUUUUGUGCAUUGAUAUUUUGUAUUUGUCUAGCUGCACUUGGAUCUUAACAUUUUUAUUUUUUAUAUAUUAUGUACUAUUGUAUGCAUUCAGUUUCAUCACAUGAAUAUUUAAUUAUAUUUUCAAGAAUCAGUCCAGUUUUGGCAUCCUGUUUGACAUAGACGGUGUGCUUUUAAGAGGACACACCCCAAUUCCUGGAGCAAAGGAGGCCAUGCGGAAACUAGUAGAUCGAAAUGGUGAAUUUCAGGUACCAGUUGUUUUUGUAACAAAUGCAGGAAACAGCAUGCGCCAGUCCAAAGCAGAGCUUCUCUCCAAAGUACUUGAUGUUCAGGUGUCCAAGCAUCAAGUUAUAAUGUCUCAUAGUCCUCUACAAAUGUUUACCCAAUACCACCAGAAAAGAGUUCUUGUCUCAGGACAGGGACCAAUGACUGAAAUAGCUGAAAAUUUAGGUUUCCAGCAUGUGGUUACUAUUGAUAUGUUACGUGAAGCCUACCCUCUGCUUGAUGUUGUGGAUCAUAAUCGUAGGCCCAAAGACAUGCUGCCUCCAGCCAAAUAUGUACCACCAGUUGAAGCUAUAGUCCUCUUUGGUGAACCAAUCAGAUGGGAGACUAAUCUGCAGCUAAUUUUGGAUUUAUUACUUUCUAAUGGUAACCCUGCCCUGCCUUUGACAUCUCCACCUUAUCCUCAUAUACCAGUACUUGCUUGCAAUAUGGACCUUAUGUGGAUGGCAGAGGCAAAAACACCUAGGUUUGGCCAUGGAACAUUUCUUGUAUGUUUAGAAAAUAUCUAUAAGAAAAUCACAGGCAAGGAGCUAAAAUAUGCAGCUUUAAUUGGGAAGCCUAGCAUCAUCACUUACAACUAUGCAGAGCUACUUGUGCAGCAACAAGCAGAGAGGAGAGGGUGGUCUUCGCCCUUUCAAAGACUGUAUGCUAUUGGUGACAACCCAAUGGCAGAUAUUUAUGGUGCCAACUUAUACAACAGAUACCUACAAUCUAUAAGGGAAUCUAUGAAUCAGGUCAAGAAGAAGAAAGUCCCUGUUCUAGAAGCUGUUGAUGGAGAAGAGCAUGAAAAUGUCCUAACCAACUCUAGAUUGGAUGAACUGACACAUGGUGGCCUUAUGGAGAGUUGUAGCUCCAUCUUGGUGUGUACAGGAGUAUACCAUCGUGAUGAAGACUUGCCUACUAACCCACAUGAAAGUGUCACUGAACGUGUGUUUCAUGGUCACAGAGACUUUCAUUUUGAUCCUAGCCUGGUCGAAGCCGCCUUCAUUGUGCAAGAUGUUAAUGAUGCUGUUGACCUAGUUUUUUCACAGGAAAACUGGGAUCCAAAUUUUUGAUAUAUAAAUAUGCAUACUCAAAGUGAGAGAAGCCUUUGAGUUUCUAUUUAGAUGUAAGUGCAUGUAUGAAAUAACCCAUUCAUCCCAUAAU